AUGGAUCCUAAUCUGACCCUCGCACAUAUCACCCACAAUACAUCCAUGAUUCUACUCCAUCAGAGCAUUGCCUAUCCGCGAGCGCAUAUUCUGGAGAAGCUUCAGUUGGCUAGCACAGCAAGCGCCGAGACUUGUCAGCUGGCAGCCCUGGAAACUGCUAAUAUCGUACAAAAGUACCUACAGUACACUCCAUUUGUGGGCCUUGUCAGCCCUCAUUUCUCGUUCUGCACCUUCAUCAGUGCUCAUGCUAUACUAGGUGAGCUUUUUCAAUCGACAGCACAGGCCUUAUCUAACAGUCAACCCACAGUGCACUCGAAUAUUCACAAAACAGAGCUCCCGGAUACUUACAAGAUCCUUUUGUCAAGCCUACAACAAAUGUCCGACCGAUGGACUUCAAUGAAUCCCGAACUCAAAAUGGACGACAACAUCAAGAACUUUGCCGGCGGUCUACUUGAUCAGCUGCAAGUGUCUCAAGAAGCAUCAGCAUCUCUAUCGUUUGAUUACAUCGCCGAGGUGAAUCGUGCUCUAGGGGUUGAGGUUCCCGCACGCAGCCCAGACAACAGUCAAUGGAUAGAGGAGCGUCGCGCCCAACAACGUCACAGUAUCAUUCCAGUCACCGGCAAUCGAUCACAUUACAUUCGCAAUGACCGAGAAAUGGGAGGCUCCAGUCAUGAUAGUGGUUCGCUAGGCUCCAGGUACAUACGCUGCCUAAACACGUCAUGUUUCCUUGCUAACACCAUCUCAACAGCACGCAAACACCGAUUUCAAGGUCCGUUCAAAAUGGCAGAACGCCAGGUCAAAGCCAAAUACAGUCCAACACGGCAUUUUCGUAUAUGA